AAAGGAAGAAGAAAAAGAUAAAAGAUGAAGGAGAAAAAAUAAAUAAAAGAAGAAAAAAUAAUGAUGGUUCCGAGAAAACAAAUGUGUAUCCGAUGUUUUGAAUGAAAACAUCGACUGUCCGUCGGUAAUGUGUAUUGAAAAAAAGAAAUAUAGUCGAAGCUAUUCCACUACUAUUUCCUCCUCUGUAUUAUCGAUCUGGUUCGGUCCGAUGUGGACAUGCGUUUAACGUUAUAACUUCAUUGUGACAAAUGCCCUGUUCGGGGUAUCCUGUUUUUUUUGAGUGUUCAUCGUUCGGAUAAAUUUUUUCAUCGGUUCAAAUAAAUUCUAGAAUAUUAUCGUCGUCUAGAAUACAAUGUAAAAUCCGAUUUGUGAUGAUGGACGUCAUAAAAGUUCAUUGAUCGAACAACGAAUUAUUUCUCUCUCUCUCUCUCUCUCUCUCUCUCUCUCUCUCUUUCUCUCUCUCUCUCUCUCUCUCUCUCUAUCUGUCUAUCUCUCUGUCUGUCUCUCUCUCUCUAGUGUCUGCAACAUGUGCCUUUUCUAUCUGUAAGAAUCCCGUCUCGAAUAAAUAACGAUGACUGCCAUGAUCGAGGACGUACAAGCUCUACAAACCCUAACGAUUCAUACUAGCGACGUAAAUAGCGUCGAUUUUGCUGGCGAUUGUAUCCUGGUAACUGGAUCGGGGGAUAAACGUGUAAGAGUAUGGGAAUGGCAGAAUGGUACAGGCUAUGUCGAAGCUUUCUUUUCACCACUUUUAGGUCACAAAUAUGGGGUAACUUCGGUUAAAGUUAGUCCACAAUCGACCAUGUUAGCUUCUUCUAGUAUAGACGGUACUACAUUGCUAUGGAAUUUAAGGACGGGAACGAAGAUACAUACGAUGGUACAAGUUGGCGGAGAAUCCGUAAGAAUUUGCAGAUUUUCUCCGGAUUCAACAUUGUUAGUUACAGCUGGAGAUAACGGACAAAUUUGUCUUUGGGAUUUGAUACAUCGUACUUUGAUCAGAUCAUUUCAGAAACACGAAAGUGCCGUGCAGGGAGUAUGUUUUACACCCGAUUCAAAUUGGUUACUCACAACUUGCACAUUCGGCGUUAUGAAUCUAUUCUCAACAGCCGAAAUGAUCGAUCCUAGCGUGUCUAAUAGUCAAUCAGUAACCGUGUUUGCCUCGAUAGACGACGCUCAUGAUCUUGGUGUAGUGUCUUGUGAUUUUUCAAUCUCACAAGAGGUAACGGGUACAGGUAAUGAGUCAUUUACCAAAGUUUAUCAAUUGGUUACCUGCGGCAAUGAUCACAACGUAAAACUUUGGGAGGUCAUUGUGAUUCAAGAAAAAUCCGAAGCCCAGCCAAAUUCUGCCACUAUAAAUCUUUACAGGGUAAUGGAAAAGCACAGCAGUGCCUUAACUUGCGUAAGAUUUAGUUCCAACGGAUUAUACAUUGCUAGUAGUAGUCUUGAUAAAACAUCAGUAAUUUGGGAGACGAAUACAGGAAAAAUACGUAACGUGUUAGCGAGACACAAUAGAUACGUCGCGUGUUGCGCUUUUUCGAGAGAUGGAAAUCUUCUUGCAACUGGUUCUAACGAUAAGUCAGUUAUUGUGUGGGAUCUAACAGGACACCUAACUAUCGAUUCUGAACUUAUACGACACGGUGUUCCUAAGUUAUUAUUAAAUGAACGUGGAAAGAAUGCUAUACACGAGCACGAUGUAGUACAGAAUGCGGAAUCAUCUGGGAACGAAGUGAAAUUAAUUCAAAGGAUUGACGAUCAUGGUGGGGCGGUCAAUGGCGUUGCUUUUUAUGGAAAUCAUUUGAUAUCUUCUGUUUCAGGGGAUAAAUUGGUACGUAUAUGGGGUAUUGAAAAAAAUGAGGAAGACGAGGAGGAUAUGAGAUUUCAAGAGAAAUCUUUCAGUCCUUUGGAAGGCCAUAAGUAUAGCGUAAAUUACGUAGAAUUUAGUCCUUGCGGUACGAUGCUUGCCUCGUGUUCAUUGGACGGUACCACAAUAGUUUGGAAUACUGAGAACGGUGGACAUGCAAGAGGAUCGUUCGUUAAUUCUGGAUCGGGGCUUCGCGUUUGUCGUUGGUCUCCAGAUGGUACCAAAAUAGCAACAGCUGGGGACGAUGAAAAAACGACAUUAUGGAACAUGGAUAGUAUGGAACACUUACAAUUAUCUUUCAGAAUUUUCGAAGGUCAUGCCGAUGCGAUUACAUCGAUAGCGUUUACCCACGAUUCACGUUAUUUGGCAACAGCUUGUAACGAGGGUACAUGGAGAUUGUUCGAUAUUCUUAAUGAAAAAACAGAAUCAGCAUUAUUGGUUUGCGACGAAGCGCAUGAUUUGGGUGUACAAGGAUGUGACUUUAGUCCAACUGGUUCUAUAGGCGCUAGAGGUGACUCUAAUUUGAAUAACAACAAACAGACAUAUCUAUUAGCGACAUGUGGAAACGAUUCUCUCGUUAAAUUAUGGCAAUUAACUAUUUCUAAUAAGGAAGAUGAUUCUAUAGAUUGUAUGGGAACAAGCGAUUGUAAUAUUAACUUCAAAGAAAAAAGAACAUUCGCCGGUCAUGGUGGUAAUGUUAUGGACGUACGUUUCUCUCCGAUUCAUGGAGAAAUUUUAGGAAGCGUUGCUACCGAUAGAACAGCACGUAUAUGGAGCAUUUUUUCCGGAGCUUGUUUAUACGUCCUCGAAGAUCACGAAAGUCUCGUAACGUCAUGCGCAUUCUCCGAAGAUACAUCUUUAUUCAUUACAGGCUCAUUAGACAAGACCGUUUUAGUAUGGAGGAUACCUCAUCAAUUGGUAUCUCAAAGUAUAUUGAUCGAUAGUUUAAAACAAAAUAGAAAAAAGUUAACUGAUUGGAGAAUCGACGACACUUUGAAAUGGUUGAAUGAAAUAGGAUUAUCGAAAUUAAUGAAAAGAGCUCAUACAUGUGUAUUAACGGGACGACAAUUGUUGAGUAUUCCGGUCCAUGAAUUAUUAAUUAAACUCGAUCUCGAGAACGACGAGGAGAUGGCCGAAAUAUUCAAGAAACAAUUGUACUGGUUAAAAAAAGAGGACGCUAAUGCAAUGGAGAUCUCGGACGAAACAGAAAUACCCCAUGAAUUUUUGUGUCCCAUAACACACGAGAUAAUGAAAGAACCAGUUCAAUGUUCAGAUGGAUUUACGUAUGAGAGAGCGGCCAUAAACGAAUGGUUCUUGUGUGGUAAAUAUACAAGUCCGAUGACGAAUGAACCAUUACACGAUACUACUUUUACACCAAAUAUUAAUCUGAGAAAUGCAAUAUGUAUACUUCUUCAUGGUAACGAGCCGGAAUAAUAUAUUUUUAAGAUAAAUCAGUUCUGUCAAUAAUCUUUGAAAAGAUAAAUUAUAAUUCUUUUUAUUAUUAGCUGAGUAUAUACAUAUACAAGCAUUUACACAUAAUAAGAUCUAAAAAGACGAAGAUACAAUACACAUAAUGUAUUUACAUCAUAUAUGCUGUUAGUGGACCAAUCGUAUUAUACAUUGCACAACAAGCAAGUCUUGAAAUAUUUUCAGUUGUUCUAAACUUAUUCUAAUCUUCAUUAAUUAUGUCGAUAUACAUUUGUAUUUUUAUAUUGUUAUUAUGAAAUACGUUAAACGUAUUUUACUGAAGUAUUAUUGGAAAACAAAAGAUAUGAACAUAUAGAAAAAUCAAACAUGAUAAUCAUGAUUACAUCGUCUGUGUGUAUAUAUGUAUAUAUAUAUAUAUACACGGUAAUUAUAUUGCAGAAAUAAUAUGAGCGAAAUGGUCCACAGUAUAGUUCAUUAUGUAUAGUAUCAUAAAAGAAAACAAUAUGUAAAUGAUUUAGGAUUUCAUUUACGAAAAUAUAAAAAGAAUCAUUGAAGACUCAUAAAAUAUAAGAUGAUACUAUCAUAGGAUAUACAUACAUAGAAAAUAUUAUAAACGUUGAUAAUAAUAUGAGUAUGUUAUGUAUAUUUUAUGAAAAUAUGAUACACUAGCAUGCAUAUAUAUACAUAUAAAUAUAUAUAUAUAUAUAUAUAUAUAUAUAUAUAUAUAUAUAUGUAUGUAUGUAUGUAUAUGUAUAUAUAGUGACCUGAUGUACAGAAAUAGUACAAUUUCAUAUUAAUAUUAUCGACAAUCUUCGUGAAUUAAAAAGGACAAGAAAAAUUGUACCAACGUAUAUGCACUUAUAUGUUGUAUUAUCUCUGAGCGCGUAUAUAUUAUACAUAUCGAAUCGAUGAGAAUUUUGUAGAAGUUGUAAACACAAGUAAAACUACAUGAUGAUGAUGAUGACGAUGAAGACGACGGCGAUGAUGUUAUUCGUUAAAUUUUAAACUUCUUAAAGUGAAAAUCUAUCGAAAACAAAGUUUUGGUAAAUGUUUCACUAAAAUCUUCACACAUAAACGAUUUUUAUAUAACGUAUAUAAUUAACGUCACGUUUUUGAUAUUUAUGCAAUCUCUGAAGGAUAUGCAUACUCAUAUCUUGUAUAGAGCCAUGUAUUAUUACAUAAAAUUAUUAGUGAAUUACUAAUUUUUUUAGUGAAUAUUUUUUUUCUUAUUUGAACGUUAAAAAUGAUAAUAGUUACGUACUUAUAUUGUACAUACCUAGACUACAUACAUACAUACAUAUUUAAAAUGAUUCAAUUCAACAUAUUUGAAUAUUAAAAAAUAUAUAUAUAUAUAUAUACAUAUAUAUAUAUAUAUAUAAAAAUUUGUAUGUAUAUUUCUGUGAUAAAAUAUAUUAAUUCGGUUGAAUUGUUGUUUACGAGAGAUAUAAUCAAAGAAUAUGUUUGCGAUAAAAUAAUAUAAAUUGUUAAUUUUAUUAAUAUACAUAUAUAUACAUAUAUAUAUAUAUAUAUAUAUAUAUAUAUAUAUAAUUAUGUACAAUCGAGCUUUGUUAAUGUUACGAUAUUAUGUUAUUACUAUGGCGUGCUCAUUGUACGGUUAUCACUAAUAAAUACACAAAAUUUCCACCAACAAAAAAAUAUAAUUGAUAAUAUUCAUUUCAAAGUUAAAUGUUAAAAGGGAAAAAAAAAACAAUGGGUCGGGGCGGAGGGGAGAGAGGAAGAGGAGAUUCGAAAGAACCGCCAUAAGACCUAUAAAAUCGUGAUCCUAUUGGUUGUCACCUAGAUGGCGCUAUAUUCAAUUGUUCGAUUUGUAAACGUAGAUUGUAAUAAAGAAAGUUAAACGUAAUGAAAUAUUAUUAUCGAAAAUUUAGAAAAAUCUUGACGGAUCAUUGAAAUAAAGAAUGAUUUUAAUUCAUUGAUCAAAGAUAUUAAGUUAAAAGUAUAUUUAUUUUCACGAGUGAUAGGGGAAAAGAACGAAAGAUUAGCAGGGAAAAAAAUUUUAAACGUUCGUGAGUCACUUCCGUUUUGUGGGUAGAGCGACUACGUCACCAUAUGUGACGCUGCUGCAUAUAGAGAGACGAUCGAAAAGAAACGAAGUUUGGCACCGCCUGUUGACAGGAUACGUGUGAACGUCGCUCUACGUAUUAUAACGCGAGUGUUUAGAAAUAAUAAUAAGAAAAAAAAAAGAUAUAUCUAUAUAUAUAUAUAUACACACAUAAUAUAUAUUUAUAUAUAUAUAUAUACAUA